AUGCCUCCCAAGGACAGCAAGAAGAAAGAUGCGGGAAAGUCAGUCAAGAAAGGUAAAGACCUAGUGAGCAGAUCUGGGGGCAAGGCCAAAAAGAAAUGGUCCAAAGGCAUGGUUCGAGGCACGCUCAAUGACCUAGUCUUGUGGGACAAAGCUACAUAUGACAAACUCUUUAAGUUCUCUAAGCGUAGGGGCGCCUGGGUGGCUCGGAUGAAGAUUCAAGGUCCCCUGGCCAAGGCAACUCUUCAGGAUCUCCUUAGUAAAGGACUUAUUAAACUAGUUUCAAAGCCCAGAGCUCGAGUCAUUUACACCAGUAACACCAAGGGAGGAGAUGCCCCUGCCGCUGGCGAGGAUGCGUGCACAGAUCCCACCAACCAUACAUCCUGA